AUGCACUCAGCAAGAACCAUGCGGAAAUCUGGGAAGAAGCGGGACAGAUAUUCAUCAGAGACGUGGAGAGCUUGCACGGGACGUUUAUCAACGGGGAACGAAUCAGUCCAGCGCGUGCAGUGUCUGAAAAAAUGCGAACUCCGGAACAAUGAUAUAGUGCAAUUCGGUGUCGAUUUUGUGGACGAGAACGACGAGUAUCACCAUAAGAUCGCUGCCAGGGUUUUCUGCAUCUUCAAGAGUGAAGAUAUGCAGGUUGCCCUCCGCUCCUACAAUGAAAAUCCGCAGGAUGCUGUCCCGCCCGACGACGAAGGUUUGCAGGCUCCUCUCCACCCCGACAACGCAGAUUUGCAGGGUUCCCUCCCCUCCGAAGAUGCUGCCGUCUCACCUGGAGUUGGCCCAUCACCUGCCAGCACUGAGGAUGUUCGUCCUUUGAAAUCCGAAACCGAUUUCGUCAGCUCCGAGGAUAUUGACCCUUUCAAAUCCGAAGCCGAUUUCGUCAGCUCCGAGGCUGAGAAGAGUUUCUUCGACUUUUCCAGCAAUGAUUGCGAUGGCGAUGAUAACGAAGGCUUCCUGGACGGUCAAAUUAGGCCGUGCGUAUAUCCUCAAGGUGUGGUAGUGGACGCGGGUGGCAAUAUCCUGUAG